GGGGGCGGGAGAUUCAUGUGAUUGGUUGUUGGUCGCGAAAUCCCCAAGCUUUCAGACACGCCCAGCUCCAAGAUUUUCAAGAUUUUUGAAAAGCUGCUGUGUGGACGUACCGUUAGGGAGAUAAAAAGCAGGAUACUUAACAUGGCCAAACACCUGUUGAGAGACUGCAUUGAUCUCGCCCAUCAAUGCAGGAUCAAAGACGGCUGGAAGUUUGACAUCUGGCUGUUUCAGGUCCACUAGUCGCUGGUAAUUCCACCGGGCCACCCCCGUCAUCGCCUGAGCUUGAAACAGCUCUGUGGAAACGCGUGUGCCAGUGACCCACUGAGCCUGGUGGAAGUGAUAGCCUUCCUGCUGGGAUGUGCCUCUGAUGGGGAUCCAUACAGGAACUUUGGCUCCUUCACCUGGCACAUGGUUCAGCUGUAGUGUUCCUCCAUGCCUGUACAUGAUCCCUCCUUCCACCUCUGGAUCGCUCAGGCAACCUCGCAGGAUGUGUAUCCGCUGAAUACGCCAGCAUUUCAGCAGAGAGGCUUUGAAGAGAGGGCGCCCGUUAGGGUCUGUUGCAAGGUGGAAGUGCUGGAAAACCCCCUCCACUCUCUUGAUGAGCUCCUCGGGAUGUGGGAUCCUGAUCCUGCAGUGCUCAUGUGUGUGAGGCUUUGUUGGCUUGGCAGGCUGGAUUCCACAGAAGGCCUAUGCACCGUUAAGCCUCUGCAGGUCUUCCUGAUCCACCACAGAAAAGGCUGCAGACAGGAACUGAGCCAAAGAGCUGUAGAGGGGGAUGAUGCUCGGACACACACUCACGCAUCAAUCGCCUCAAACAAUGGAACAGGUCAAGCUUGAUGAGCAUGUUCGCAUUGAAGUUGGACCUUGAUGCACAUGUAUUGAGCACGUUACCGGAAGUAGCCUGGGUAGGGCAAGACGUGCGUAGGUGGCAUAGAGCGACAGCCAAUGAAAUUGCAGCAUUACUGAUGCUGUCCAUGGUGCUGAACCACUGUCUUAGCCAGCUGAUAUUUCUUCUGUUCGCAGGUUCGACCCCCGGUUGGGGCAAAGUCUGUGAUACAUUAUCAACGAUAAAGAGCUAUCUGUUAAUCAAGAAAUGUGAAUCCUAAUGUGUUAUAGUAACUGUUAUUGUGGUUAUAUUUAUUUAUUACCUUCAAAAGAAAAACUCCGAAGGCAUUAUUUAUAUUUAAGAUAUGGACCAUGUAGUAUAAAUAAUUUACUUAUGAAUGAGACAUGUAGAUAUUAAUCAAGAAAACAUCUUUAUUGUAAACAACAGAAACAAAGCAGCUUAUGUACAAAACAUAUAAUAUAUAAGUAACAAUAAGGUAGAAGUAAAUAAAGUAAAUAAUAUUUUGUUAAAUAAAGUAAAUAUAAAAAAGUAAAUAAAGCAGUAGUAAAUAGAGAAUUAAAUAAUGUAAAAGUUUUAAAACACACAGGAUGACAAUUUGGCAUUAACAGACACACAGGAGGAAAACAACAGAAGUGAUAACUAUUCAUGAAAAAAAACCUUGUCAUUUUCCCUUUUCAGCCUCCCAUCUUUUCUUUUCAGCCUCAUAAAAAGCAGACUCCUUGAAGUUCUUCCAGGUCAUCUUCUUCUCCAUGCCCUGAUCCCUGUAGAGUGAUAACACUUUAGCAGGACAGUACACAUACUUCCCUGCUACUCCUGGGAAUCCUGUGUGAAUGAGGACUGUUUGGGUACCUUCAGCACCAUAAGCUUUAAAAACGUUGGUGGAGCAGUAGAAGUAUCUGACAGUGCCCUGCAUGUAGAGGUGGUGGAUGGAAUACCCAUCAUUUUCGAAGCGGGCAUUUGGCUGGCCGCAGGAAAGACAAGUCUGUUUCUUUGGUUGUUGUUGUUGGUGUUUGUCCAUAAUGUUUCUGACAAUAUUCUCAAUAUAUUCUUGUGUCAGAGGUGUGGCUGGGGUCUGAACAGGAGGUGUGGCUGGGGUCUGAACAGGAGGUGUGGCUGGGGUCUGAACAGGAGGUGUGGCUGGGGUCUGAACAGGAGGUGUGGCUGGGGUCUGAACAGGAGGUGUGGGGUUGAAAACAGCAACAGGCAUGGUAACAACUGGCACCCUGGUGGUCUCACUACCCUCUGUGAGAGAGUGCCAGAGGACCUGCCUCUCUUGCAGUUUCUCCGGGCUGAUGUUUAUGGAGGAGCUGGUGUUCAGAAGCUUGCUGAGAUGCUUCACAUACUGACAAAUGUGGUGUUUUGUUGUUGGGUGAAGCAUACUGUUUGGGUCUGUGCAGGAGUCAAGCACAAGAGCAGCAUAGUCCUUGUCCACAAGCUUCAGCAUGUCCUUCUGACUAUGGUGUUUGUUGAGCAGGUUGUCAACAGCCUGCCUCAUAGGGCCUGUCCAGCGCUUGUGGUCCAACACAAACACCCUCCCACCAGUCUUCACAGGUCCAGUGCGAGCCGCAGUUGGCGAGGACAGCAGAGACUUCAGACAUGUGGUUUCUAUAACAACAAAAGACAGAUAUUCAUUAAUGUCUAAGAAAACAAAGGUUCUGUAUAGAAAUAAAUGAUUGGAAUCCAGUCACUGAUGCUGAAGGAUUAUUCACUACUUUGUCUGUGCGUCUAAAGUUUACCUGGCUCUGUGUGAGGCUCCAGAGUCGUUCCUGCAGUCACCUCUUGUUUUACUGAAGGAAGGUUUGCAGGAAACUGAAACAGCUUGGUUGGGGGGAUGAAGCGUGGCUGAAGAAGCUCAGACUGGGCAGUGGGGUUGCUGCUUUGAGGAGGUGUAUCCAGGGCCUGGGUAGAGUCUGCCUUACUCCUGUGCUUAUCCCAGUCUAGAGGAACUGGGCGGCAAUCAGGCUCCACAUAUUCCAGGCCAAACUUCUCUCCAGUGUCUCUGUUAGGGAGAUAAAAAGCAGGAUACUUAACAUGGCCAAACACCUGUUGAGAGACUGCAUUGAUCUCGCCCAUCAAUGCAGGAUCAAAGACGGCUGGGAGUUCAACAUCUGGCUGUUUCAGGUCCACCAGUCGCUGGUAAUUCCACCGGGCCACCCCCGUCAUCGCCUGAGCUUGAAACAGCUCUGUGGAAACGCGUGUGCCAGUGACCCACUGAGCCUGGUGGAAGUGAUAGCCUUCCUGCUGGGAUGUGCCUCUGAUGGGGAUCCAUACAGGAACUUUGGCUCCUUCACCUGGCACAUGGUUCAGCUGCAGUGUUCCUCCAUGCCUGUACAUGAUCCCUCCUUCCACCUCUGGAUCGCUCAGGCAACCUCGCAGGAUGUGUAUCCGCUGAAUACGCCAGCAUUUCAGCAGAGAGGCUUUGAAGAGAGGGCGCCCGUUAGGGUCUGUUGCAAGGUGGAAGUGCUGGAAAACCCCCUCCACUCUCUUGAUGAGCUCCUCGGGAUGUGGGAUCCUGAUCCUGCAGUGCUCACGUGUGUGAGGCUUUGUUGGCUUGGCAGGCUGGAUUCCACAGAAGGCCUAUGCACCGUUAAGCCUCUGCAGGUCUUCCUGAUCCACCACAGAAAAGGCUGCAGACAGGAACUGAGCCAAAGAGCUGUAGAGGGAGAUGAUGCUCGGACACACACUCACGCAGCAACCGCUUCAAACAAUGGAACAGGUCAAGCUUGAUGAGCAUGUUCGCAUUGAAGUUGGACCUUGAUGCACAUGUAUUGAGCACGUUACUGGAAGUAGCCUGGGUAGGGGUGGCAUAAAGUGACAGCCAAUGAAAUUGCAGCAUUACUGAUGCUGUCCAUGGUGCUGAACCACUGUCUUAGCCAGCUGAUAUUUCUUCUGUUCGCAGGUUCGACCCCCGGUUGGGGCAAAGUCUGUGAUACAUUAUCAAAGAUAAAGAGCUAUCUGUUAAUCAAGAAAUGUGAAUCCUAAUGUGUUAUAGUAACUGUUAUUGUGGUUAUAUUUAUUUAUUACCUUCAAAAGAAAAACUCCUACGGUAUUAUUUAUAUUUAAGAUAUGGACCAUGUAGUAUAAAUAAUUUGAUAUACCCCUUUGUUAUUUAGUGGGGCUUGAGCUAUAGGCUUCUGUAUUUUGUAGAUGUGUUUACGUUUAGCCUGGAGGACCUGGUAGUCCAGUUUUCGCGGCUUUAUUUUGUUCCCAUGGGGUUUACAUUUGACUUUUGGUUAGGGGGGGGAGCUCUGGGUCCUACGGCCCCUGGUGUGGCUGGCUCGGGCUCUCUCCUUCUUUUUGUUCCUUUUGGCCAGUCCUCCAGACCUUUUUCUUUUCUUGUUUGGCCGUUGUAGAAAUGGGCUCAAGAAUAAUAAAUGCUCCCUCGAUAUCCAGCUGGAAGACUUCAUGGGAGCGAGACGAGCGGCCAUUUUGGGCCGUCUGGGCUGUGGAGCGGUUGCGAUUGGUCAACAUGAUCAGACGGAGAAGCUGGCAGGAGGAGAGGAUCGGUGUUAAUUUUGGCAGCUGUUUUUGAUUUAGUCUUUAGCCGAAAAUGGUUAUUAGUUUUAGUCAUUUCUAUCCUUCAUAGUUUUAGUCUAGUUUUAGUCGAUGAAAAAUUACAUUUUAGUCGACUUUUAGUCAAAAUGUUUUCUCUCUUUAAACCUAUUCAGUUAGGCAAAUACAGGUUUCUGACAUUGGAAUCAAGGUGACAGCAUCAAGUGUUGACAGAAUAAUAAAUGCUGGUUACUAAGUACUGGUUGUUGCGUGUGUUUUUCAUGUUGCGGGUCUGAGCGCGAGCCACUACAGCGGAGUAGAGGUUGUGGCCGUAACUUAUUGGGGCUCGUUCAAAGACUGUCUCGGGCAGGUGCCAGUUUGGGGAGUAGUGCUACUUUUGUAGAACAGCCCUUGACAGCAUGUGUGGUUUUUUUGUGUGCAGUGUAGAGUAGAGUUGCUUGAGUAGUAGCCUAACUGGUGGGAAGUUGGACGCGUGUAGUAAACAGCAAUUAUUAUGAGCAGGUCAAAGCUGCAAUACUACGAGCCUAUAAACUUGUGCCAGAGGCAUAUCGCCUACCAUGCGCCUAUAUGACGUCGGCUACACCCUCUACCUGAUGGACAAGGUGGAAGAGGAGGAGAGAGGUGGGACCUUCAACCCCCAAGGGCCUAGCAAGGACAGCCUGCUGUCGUUUCUGCACUACGCCAGGAGCUUCCAGGAAAUUGAGGAUCUGAGGAAGUACCUGUGCUCCAGGAAGCCUGCCCCACCAGUGGCGUCAGAGGGGGAACAUACUGUCGGCUUUGGAGCCAGGGCCAAAGACACCUGGAAGCAGAUCUGGGAUACAGCAAGAUGUACAACCUUCAGCAGUACAUCCUCAAGCAGCAGAGGGCUGAGUCCUGUCCACCACCGGCUGAAGGCUGCAUUGCAUCAGCUACCUCCACUCUGACAUCCAGCACUCCAGUGAUGGAGGAGGACGAGGAGCUGGAGAGGGCGAUGUUGAAUCUUUCUCCUUCAAAACUCUACACUGAACGAAGUAGGUGGAUCCAGUUAGAUACACAGUGAUUAUAUAAAUGUACUGUACAUGUUCAAACUUCAUUAUAAUUCUUUUUAUUUUUUUUAUUUUUUUACAUUGUCACGGUGUCAUACAGUAUAGUGCUCACGUUUUAGGUAAAGUUAAGUAAUGAUAUCAUCGUCUCUGUUUUCAUUUUUCACAACUUCUUAAAUGCUGCUUCUUAAUUUCGAUAAUGUGUAUACGUCACUUGCCUGUUUGUAUCUCAUCAUCCCAGAUUCAUCACCACAUAAUAUAGCCCCUGUGGAAGCGCAGGGAGACACUGUCCUCGAUGAAGCUCUGACUUGCCCAGUGCCUCCUGUCCCCUUAGCAGCACCACACCAGCCUGCAGCCUCUGUUCCGGGCUAUAGUGAGGAUGUUGCCCACUGGAACUGCUCGCACCAGCAGCAGAUUUGGAUGAAGACUGAGUUGGAAACAUUGGGUCUGUGGCCAGGUUCACGUCCAGUGAGACACCUAAUGAACAUGUUGUCCCUGUGGCGUUAUCCGCCUCAGCCUGAGCUCAUAGACUCAAUCUCUGACCUGCCUUCACCCAAGUACUAUCAGCUUCAUCCAUAUUUCAUUUGGAAGCCAGAGCACGCGAUCAUGGAGAGGGUGAGAAACAACUUUGUCUUGCCCUGUCUCUAUGGCUCUCCCAACCCUCAGGUCGUUUAUUUUGGCAUUGGAAGGCCAAGAGUCAUCCUUGGGACAAGCGGCCAGUACUAUAUUUUAGCUUUGCGACUCACCUGCAAGGUCUGCAAAAAGUACUGGCAUGCUGACAAGCCCCAGUGGCUGGAGAAGCUACCCCAGCGCAUCAGCAACAUCGUGCCGGCCUUCCUGACGCACAAAAAGGCCGUCUGCAAAUCUGUACUGGAUGAGAUGAGACGCAGCGGCAGAUCCCCAGAGGACACGUCCAAGCAGCUGACGGAGGCGCUCAAUCUCAAAUAUGAGAGAGCUCACCUGGCCUACUUGCUGUGUGUGCAGAAUGUCAGGGAUGCUGAGGCAGGAGUCUACGGCCAAAGGACCAUCACUGGGUUCCUCAGACAGGAAGAUACUCCGGCUCCAUUUGGUGGAUACUCGGACGGUGAUGGCUGGUGUGGAGUUUCUGUCUCUUCCCACUACCUGGUGGAGUGCCUGGUCCGUGAGUAUCAGCGGCAGGAGGAGCUCCUUACUCUGCUGCUUCAGGGGACCUUUGGACAGGCCCUGAGGUCUGAUCACACUCGCAGAGUGGCUAGGAAGGUUGUGCGGUCGUCUGGCACCAUGUCUUCCUAUGCCAUCAUGAAUGAGAACUGGAUGAUCCUGAGCUGGGUGAUGCUGCAGUCAGAGUGUGAUAGGUCCCUUAACCCGUUGUAUGAGGGUCUGUCUCAACGCUACACUGUGGCUGGAGUGGAGAAGGCACGCUACCAGUGGGUGGACAGGGACUGCUGCGCUGCCUUCAAGGUCCUUCAACCUGGGGCUCAGGAGCACUUGUGGGACAGCUGGAGGACCACAGAUGCUAUCCUGGCAGAGGCCACCUCUGGAAAUCUCAAGAACAUUUGCGCAUCAAGGAACAAGUUUAACAAAGACAUUAUUGUCAAGUUGGACUUGUUUCAUUGUAUGCGGCGGUUUACCAGGGAGUGUGUCUCCGAGCAUCAUUCGUUGUACAGCUCCUUCUGCCAGUUCCUCUCAGCAGCGUUCGUUGUGGUGGACCACAGCGAUCUCCAGAAGCUGAAGGAGGCGUACACGUUCUGCAGAAUUUCUCCUGCUAACCCCACAAAGCAGCACAUAAGAGAGCACUGCAGGACAAAGGUGCCACAGCCAAUGGAACUGCUGCAAAGAGUGGAAGACGUCCUCCAUCACUAUUACAUGGCAAAGGAUGCCAAUGAUUUGCUCCUUUUCAAAGACUCAAUGUUAAAGGUGUGGAGGAUCCAGCGCAUCCACAUCCUCCGAGGCUGCCUGAGCGACCCUGAAGUGGGAGAGGGAAUCCUCUACAGGUAUGGUGGCACCCUGCAGCUGAAUUACAACAAGGGCGAGGGAGCUGCCGUGCCUGUGUGGAUCCCUGUGAGAGGCACCUCUCAGCAGGAGGGUUUCCACGGACACCAAGCCCAAUGGGUGACAGGCAACCGGGUGUCCUGUGAACUAUUCCAGGCCCAAGCUAUGACUGGAGUUGUGCGCUGGAACUACCAGAGGCUGGUGGACCUGAAACAACCAGAUGUGGAGCUGCCAGCCGUGUUUGACCCCCGGUUGAUUUCAGAGCUUAACACCAUCUCUGUAAAAGUGACAGGAAGGUCCAAAUACCCAGCACUGCAGCUCUCCAACAGGGACACGGGGGAGAGAUUUGGACUGCAGUACGUGGAGCCAGGCUGUCGUCCUGUUGUUUUGAACUGGGACAAGAACAGGGCACAGCCAAACAACCCAGCGGCAGUAGCCAUGGAGACAGAGCAUCAUUGCCCUGCCCCUACUGUUGUAGUGGGCACAGACUCUCAGGAAUCCUGUGCUGCUCCAGUUGGGGCAGUGCCAAUUCUGUCUUCCAGUUCCCGGCAGUCCUCUGAUGUUGUGACCAAGUCCCUGCUGCCUUUGACACAAGCCUCUGCCACACAAAAACCAGAGCCUUUGAUAGAUACAGACUUGACAGGGGUAGCACCGCUGCCUCAGUCCUCCUCUCCUCGAGCCACCCGCACUGGACCAAUUAAAACUGGUGGCCUCAUUCAAGUCUUGGACCAUGGUCGGUGGACAGAACCCAUGAAAGCUGCCAUCGACGAGCUUCUGGUAAACCACUGUGGUGCCAAAGAUGUCCUGAAGCGGGUGGAUGCGGACUACGCUGCCAUGGUCCAGAGGGGAUGCACAGACCGGAACAGCCUCCUUCACCCGACCACAGUCCAACAUAUCUCACGAUAUGUGAAACAUCUGGCAAAAUUAAAAAACACCAGCUCUUCCCUCAACACAUCCCCAGAAAAGGUCUUAGAGACACAGCAGCUGUGGCAUAGUUUGACCUCAGGUAGCCAAACUAUCAGUGUGCCUGUCAUAACUCUGCCACCUGCCAUAUGCAACCCUCCAGCUGUGGCUCCCAGACAGGAGGACUCACUGAGCAGGGCUUCAGUGGAGAAGAUUGUGUCAGACGUCCUGGCAAAACAACAGCAGCAGCAGCAGCAACAGCAGCAACAGCAGCAGCCUCUGAAAAAGACGCCUAAAUCCAGAUAUCUUGGGGAUGGCUCUUCAGUUCAUUUUUUUUACCAGUCAAAAACGGUAAAAUACUUUUACUGCUCCACCAAGGUCUUUCAGACCUAUGCUAAAGAAGGCCUCAAAGACACCAGGAUGUCUUUUGAGAACUUUGCUGCAACUGCGUUUUUUGAGCGAGAGCUGGAGGCUGCCAGACAGAGGGGGGCAGAGUGGAGAAAGGUUGCAGAGGAGAGAGGGAAGAGGAAGGCAGCUGUGCAGCUGCCAACAGGCCGUCUCUGCAGGAUUUGUCACCAACCCCUGAAGCAGGGUCCCAACAGCCCUCAUAUCCAUGCAUACUUCCCAGGGGUUCCAGGGAAGUACAUCUACUGCCCCUCCAGAGUCUUCUCCUUAUAUAAUGCACAGGGCAUGGAGAAGGAGAUGACGUGGCCGGACUUCCAGCAGUCGGACUUCUAUGAUGCUGAAAGGGACAGAUGGAUUGCAGACAAAAGGAAGCCCUAACAUACCCUCACAUACACACAUGCACACGCCACUUCCUGGGUCUACUAAGUUGCAUACUAACAUACAAACUAAGACGUUUUGCCUGCAACACAAACGAGACCCCUAAACUAUCAGCCUUUUCACCAGUCCUGCCAAUCCUGCCAAUAACAAAACAGUUUUGGUUAAUGCCCUCAAAAAACUCAAUUAAUAAUAAAGAAUAAUAAUCAUUUCAAGGAUUUCUAUGGGUCCUCCACUCCAACCUUGUCAGUGCUGGGGCCUUAAACAUGUAAUGUAUUUAAAUGUUACACUAGAAUAUUAUAUACUAGAAUAAAUAAAUGAACAAUAAUUGCACUAGAAUACAAUUAAACAAAUACCAAGUAAGAGGGUAUAAAUCACUAAAAUGAGAAUAGAAUGCAGAAUAGUAACCAUACAAGAGCAUGAGGUGAAAAACAUUUCAGAUAAUGGAUGGUGGUGAGAUCAAACAAAUCUAUAACAAAACAAUACACUAUCUUCUGCUAAAUUAUAAUAUUAUAAUAAAUAUUAAGGUGCAAUACAACAUAUCAUAUAGUCCAAAAAUACAAAGAAUAUAAUAUGGUUCAAUCCUUUUUUCAGGAUCUGAUUGUUCUCUCUGUAUUGUGUUUUCAGUGUUUUUUAU